AUGGCGGCUACGAAGUCAAAUCAAUGGAUGGUGACGGUCACAAUCUCAGGCAACAACCGCCUGGGAGUGGACGCUGAUUGGAGCGACGGCAAGACGCUCUACAUCAAGGCUAUCCUGGCCGGAGCUGUCAGCGACUGGAACAAAGAGAAUCCAACGAAAUCUGUACAGCCUGGAGAUCGAGUCAUCUCGGUCAACGGCGUCAGUGGCGACGCACAAGCGAUGGUUAGGGAAAUCAAGGACAGGAGUUUGCUGCAGCUGCUCUUCCAGAAGGGCGAAGAGAAAGAGCGAACCGCGGAGCCCGAUCCCGUGCCAGUCCCUGGAGUUGUCCGGGCGGGAAUGCCCGUGGACAUCCCUGGGAUGCCUCCGCGGACCGUAGAUGUGCUCCUGGAACUCCGGGCGAGGGCCGCGGAGAAGGCGGCGGCUGCGAAAGGCACCACGCCCAAAGCUGUGGCGAAGCCCAGCAAUGAGCCGCCAAACCACUAUGAGGUUCUAGGCAUCGAUCUCCGAGCAGACGAUGCGGCCAUCAAGAAGAGCUAUCGAAAGCUCGUCUUGCAAUGGCAUCCGGACAAAAAUCCGUCGGGACGAGAGGAGGCGGAUGUGAAAAUCCGUCAGAUCAACUUGGCGUACGAGACCAUCAGCAAUCCGCUGAAACGCCAAAGCUAUGAUCAGAUGCUGCAGGCCUUAGAGCGGAGGCGGUUGAACAUCCGCCUAGAGACGCAAUUCAUCAAGCCGAGGAUGAGCAUUCCAAAGGAAUUCAUGCUCUGUCCUCUAGGAUAUUCAGAUAAGUUCGUCAGAAUUGUUGACAACCAGCUGCUUGUGCAGUCACGCGACGAAGCUUUGGGCGUCGGAUUUCAGGAGUUCUUCCAGGCCGCGAAGUUCUCCCUUUGGUGGCUGCCCGAAGUGAACAAUAUGUGCCGGCUGCGCGCCAGAGAAACAGCAGGUCAAGGAAUGGAAGGUGGGAUCAACGUCAGCUUCCAGUUCCAGCCAGGGCAGGAGGAGGAUGAGGCGGCAGAGUCUGGCUGUGAUCUGUCUGCAGACCAGGAGAUGAAGAGAUGCAACCUCAUUGUUAGCGCCAGUCCCUUUAGCCAGGGCGCCUUUCGCUUCGAAGCUGCCUUCUGGCCGGAGCGCUACAUGGCCUACCGGACUCCCGACCAGCUGCGAAUGGCUGGGAAGGUGGACGAGGGCGGGGACGUCGCUGACUUCGUCCUGGUGGAUUUUUCCGCAGCCUACAAGUACAUGACCACCAGCGAGGUGCUGAAGGGAGCUGUGGAGAGCCAGGGAGGUGGACAGGGAGGCUUCGUGAAACUCAGCGAUCUUCGAGCCGACUUAAGUGUCCGGCUCUACUUCCAGCAGAUGCUCGGAAGCACCGUGUGGAACAACAAGGACUUCGAGACCUUCUUCGAAGGUCACUACGAAGAGUGGGACUUCGACGUGAAGAAGUCCCGUGUACGGAUGCGACCAGAUGGGCCCCUGCUGCGGCAGGCUCCGGCCCAGACGUCCACCGUGAGCAACGGCGGGGAUCAGUCUCCGGUGCCUAUGGACACGGACUCCAGUGGUCUUGCAGAGAAGCUGAGCAACAGCCCCAGCCAGAUGGCAACUGUCAAGCUGCUUCUGGAUGCGAACGGAGAUGACCUUGCGAGACUGCGUCACGGCGCUGCCGUUCCGACGCUAAGUCGACUCGCAGAGAAGUCCUCCCACUUGGCAGCAGACAAGCAGAAGGACCUCAUGGCUGCGAGGCGGAGGUUCCUGAUCACUCUGCCCGUCUUGCUCGGGGAGGGCGUCUUCAGCAAGCGCGACAAGCGACGGGAAGCUGCGCUUCCGAUGUCGACGUUGUUAGGCAUGCAGAAGGACGUGGCAUCCAUUGACAAAGCGGACGUGGACAGGGAACUGGUCAGUGCCUGCCAGGGGGCCGUGGAAAGCAUAUCGGAGCUCAUCGGCGGUAGAGUGCGGCACGCGCCGGAAGAGGUUUCGCUGGAGGUUCUUCCAGAGCUUCUGUCCUUGCCGCUAAACUGGCGGGCCGUGGCAGAGCCCCUCGCCGAUGCCCUGAGCCCGCUCAUAAAGCAUCAGAAGCCCGGCAUCCUCCUGCAGCCCCUCCGCACUGCCGCCAAGUUGGCGAAAGCCGCGCGGCCCAUUGUGGAAGUGCUGGCAGGAGUAGAGAUGAAGGGCAUCGCCUACGCGGAUGGGACUGUCGCUGCGGAGAUCCUCUUAGCGCUUGCGGAGAACAACUUGGAGAUCGCCAAUGUUGCCUCGAAGCUCCGGCCACCGUUGCUCCAGCGGCUGCCGCUGCCGGACCUAGUGAGCAUAGUAGCGGCGCUGGGAGAGCAAGGUCUCAAGGACGACUUGCUACGCCCACCUCUGCAAGCUCGAGUGGCAGUCGCCGGACCCGGCCUAGCAACAGUGCCCCCGUCGCGACUCCUGCGCCUGGCGACAGCCUCCACGCGCUCCGCGUGCAUCGCGGAAUGUGCGCUCGGCCCUGUGGCAGGCGCCGCGGCUCAGAGCUUAGAGAGCUGGACCGCGGAAGAUGUUGCGGAGCUGAUGCUUCUUGUGGCAACCAGCGCCCAAAAUUCGGCAAACAGCCUCGGCGCAAAGAGGCUUUUUAGCCGCGUCACCGAGGUCCUCACAUCUCGCCUCUCAGCUCUUAGCGCCACAGUGCUGCUGAAGGUAGUGGUUGCCGCUGGAGCAGCUGCAGCCCACUGCCGAGACCUGUUGGAGGCAGCUGCGAACAAAGCGGUUUUGAAAGGCGCAGAGAUGAAGCCGGAGCAAGUCAUGCUGCUGACGCAGGGUGUGCUGCCUCUCGGAGGCUCCCAUCCUGUGGUAAUUCGACUCCUCAACUUCUGGGCCCAGCUCUUGGCCGGCUCGGACAACAAGGCUCCGGUCCUCCCCCCGGAUGACAUCGCCCAGCUUGCCAUGCUGCUGUCCAUGGUUGCGCCGGAUCACAGCCUCGUGUUCCACGUCAUCGGCACGCGGUUACAAGAGGUCUCCUCGAGCCUCACGGAAGCGGGCUACGCUUCCUUGGAGGCCGCCUUCCCAGAUGGCGCCGGUCCCGCUUUCCCUGGCAAAGAGCAGCUCCUGGCUGCGGCGGCGGAGAUCAAGGCCAAAAAGGCGGAAGCCAAGAAGGCGGAAGCCGAAAAGGCGGAGGCCAAGAAGGAGGCCAGCAAGAGCAGAGCAAACCUGGUGCCCCGACGAGAUCGAUCGAGGAGCCGGAGGAGCCCCAGAACCCCGAGGAGCCCGAGGAGCCACCGGAGGGAGCGAUCGAGAAGUCGGUCGCGGCGGAGAUGA